AUGGAGGCUGGAAGAUAUAUUUGGAUAGCUAAGAGCAGUCGCUUGGACCUAGAAUGUCGAUUUAGCAUAUUAUGCCUUGCAAAAGAUCAGGGUACAGCGCAUUCCGGAUUGAUAUGCACCCUUUCCCCAUCAACAAACACGGUCGUCUACGAGAGAGGUGAAACCACCACCCCCGAAGCGGAGAAUCGAAAGGAGAUCGUAACCAAAGCGUUAGGCCUGAUUCAGGAACGCAAGCAGAGUCUCGGAGAGGAAUUGACCGUUCAGAUGGGCCGGCCAAUUGCGUUUGGCGCGAAGGAGGUAGAAACGAUGCAAAAGCGCGCUGACUACCUCUUGAAGAUAGCCGAGGACGCUCUCCAGCCAAUACCAGGACAGUCAGAAGCGGGCUUCAGACGCUGGAUAGAAAAGGAACCUGUCGGGCGGAUCCUAAUUAUCUUUGCUUGGAAUUUCCCUUACUUGAUCAUAGUCAAUUCCUUAAUCCCCGCCUUGCUCGCCAGAAAUCCAGUUAUAUUGAAACCAUCGCCGCAGGCUCCAUUGGUGGGCGACCGCAUCAAGGAGAUCUUUGACGAAGCUGGACUGCCUCCCGCUGUCCUGCAGGUCAUCCAUUCGGGAAGUACGAAAGUCUUGAAAGAGUUUAACAUAAAUCUGGUUACCUUCACUGGCUCAACACAAGGCGGUCGCUGGAUACGUGAAGCGACCGCGAGCCGCUUCGUUCCAGUUAGUCUAGAGCUCGGUGGGAACGACCCUGCGUACGUGAGACCGGACGCAGAUAUACGAUAUGUUGCGGAGCAAUUGCUGGAUGGCGCAGUCUUCAAUGCAGGUCAACGCUGCUGCGCCGUUGAGCGUGUUUACGUGCACACCGACAUCCAUGACGCUUUUGUAGCAGAGGUACAAAAGGAGUUGGCCCAAUAUAAACCUGGAGAUCUCAGCGGUAAGACAGUCAACGUCGGCCCAGUAAUCUCACGCGCGGCUCAGAAGUCGGCUAACUCCCAGAUCCAAGAUGCGUUAGCCAAGGGUGCCGUCAAUUCUACGUCUCGUAAUCCGACCUUUACCAGCGCACCGCGAGAGGGUAACUACGUGGUGCCUACGGAAUUAACACAGGUGAACCACGAUAUGGUCGUCAUGAAGGAGGAAACAUUUGGACCCGUGCUCCCUAUUAUGCGAGUAUCCUCGGACGAGGAAGCGGUGCAAUUGAUGAACGACAGCGACUACGGCCUGACUGCCAGUGUGUGGACUCAAGAUCUAGCAACUGGUGAAAGGCUCCUCAAGCUGCUUGAUGCCGGAACAGUGUUUAUUAACCGCUGCGAUUAUCCGAACCCUGUCAGUAUACCUGCACUUCAUACGAAUCUUAGUGAAGUCGCUAACCACCGCAUACAGGAUUUGGCCUGGACCGGGUGGAAGAACUCCGGGAUGGGACACACUCUAGUACCAAAGGCAUUCGAUCCGUUUGUUAAGUUGAAGAGUUAA